AUGCCCUUCAGAGACAAACAUACACUUGUGUGUAUAUACCCACACGCUAAAGAAAUGCAUGAUUCGAAGACGGCUGUUGCGUUAUUGAAGUCAUAUAUUUGGUCGCUUGAAAGCCAACAUGGAAAGCAAAAAUACAUGUUUUCUACACCUCGUUGGACUAUGAUAACGAUAGUAAUGCUUCCAGAGAUAGAUUACUUCCGAAUCAAUCUAUAUAACUUUGGUUGGCAAGCUGACCAGUGUAUACAAGAAGGAAUGGAACUUAUUUUGUGA